AUGAUCCACUUCAUAAGGUUCACAAGGCCCUGGACAUCUUUUAGAAUUUUCAAUUCCCGUCUUUUCUCGAGACAUGGCGCCAAUUCAAAGUUAUAUCCAAUGACAAGACUCUUGCUGCCCUCAGCGCUCCUAGUAGGGUCCUUCAAGCAUACAAUACUCAAUGAGGAGCUCGAACCUGACCCCUCAGGGGACACUUUCGAAAUGGGUCUCUACUACGCCUCACAGCGCGAGCUUUUACGCGACGUGGAAUCGCAAAGAUUAAGGAAUCUACGCAAAUGCCGAUCUAUAAUAUCGAGAAUGCUCUUUAGAACCUGGUACAAGUUCAAGGACUCUGUUCUGGAACCCAUUCUUACUGUAUUCAGGUUUUUGGAGCUUUCAGCGUUGUUUGUCCCCGUUUUGCUGUUAUACCCCAUCGUGUAUUUUGGGCACAAGGUUAACAUUCGAAACAUGACUUCAAGCACCAAAGACGCCUACGGAGCUCUAGUGUGGUAUAGACUGCUUCGGUCCGCUCUGGAGAUUGCUGGCCCAAGUUUCAUCAAAUUGGGCCAAUGGGCAGGCUCAAGAACGGAUAUGUUCUCCGAGGGUCUUUGCAUAGAGCUUGGGAAGCUUCACAGUAACGCCAAGAAACAUUCAUUAAAAUAUACACAAAACGAGGUGUGUGAAUCGCUUCAGAUUGGCUCCUUAGAUGAGGCAUUUGAAGAGUUUAAAGAGGAACCUUUAGGGGUGGGAGCUAUCGCGCAGGUCCACGUUGGUAAGCUUUCGCCAGAGUUCCUUCGAAAACGAAACCUGGAGCUGGAAUCUGGGGGGAACAGAUGGUGUGCGGUCAAAGUUAUCCACCCGCAUGCGAGCAGAAAUAUUAGUCGAGAUCUGAAGAUUAUGAAGUUUUUCGCUGAUACAAUUGAUAUGAUUCCAACUAUGGAAUGGCUCUCGCUUCCGAAUGAAGUCGAGCAAUUUACCAUUUUGAUGAGGCUUCAAUUGGAUUUGCGCAUUGAGUGUUUGAAUUUGACGCGCUUUAAUCAGAAUUUCAAGGGCCAGCCGCAGGUCAAAUUUCCCAAAGGAUUUCAAGAACUUACGAGUCGAAAAGUGCUUUUCGAAGAGUAUGUGAAUGGCUUACCUAUGGAGGAUUUUCUGAGAUCCAAAGAUCAAAUCGGUGAUGUGAACUUAUGCAAAAAGGUGAGCGAUACUUUCAUCGAUGCAUUCUUACAAAUGCUAAUAUCCGAUGAUUUCAUACAUGCCGACCUACAUCCUGGAAAUGUGAUGAUCCGGUUCAUUGAAACUGACAGGUACGGGAGUAAACAAACUUUAAGCGAAGAAGACUGUACGCAAAUUGUGCGUGACCUUAAGGAGAAGAUGUCAAAGGAUAAGGACUCCUUUGCGCAAGAUCUUCGUGACACACUCACGCGGUACACUCCGCAGCUUUGUUUUAUUGACACGGGACUCGUAACCGAAUUGAAUUCGCGCAACAGAACGAAUUUCAUAGCGCUUUUCGACGCUCUGGCGCGUUUUGAUGGGUACCGCGCCGGAGAACUUAUGAUUGAAAGAUCGCGCACUCCGGAGACCGCGGUAGACAAGGAUUUGUUCGCACUCAAAGUGGAGAAAUUAGUCAAGAAGGUGAAGAAACGUACUUUCACACUGGGCACCGUCUCAAUUGGAGAUCUAUUAGAUCAAAUGCUUGGGAUGGUCAGAGGCCACCACGUAAGAAUGGAGGGAGAUUUUGUGUCUGUUAUUGUCGCCAUUUUACUACUGGAGGGAAUUGGACGGCAACUUGAUCCAGACUUGGAUUUGUUCGCGAGUUCCUUACCGAUUUUACGUGAAUUAAGCAUGAAGAGAGAGGGGAGAAGCAUACUACAGGAUGUUGAAACUUUGUCGAUGAUCAAAAUCUGGCUUGGCUUGGAAAUACGCCAACUCAUGAGUUUGUCCGUCAAACAAAUGAGAUAUUUGGUCAAAACAGACCAGUUAUGUUCUAAUUAUUAA